UAAGAAUAUUGUUUUAUUGUCUGGGUAAUGUUUAUUCACGACGAUUACGAAACUAGUGUAUGCGUAGCACGCGCGAGACUAACAGCAAAAUAUUGUCCAGUCAUAUUAAAUUGAUAUUUGUGGCGAAUCAUUAUCUGUGAUUUUUCGGGGAGUGUUUAGGUAUGUUAUCGUCUACUAUAAGUUUCGCGGUGCAUUUGUAUUCAUCACUUCAAGGAGUACAGACGAUCGGACGAGCUCUCGGAAGUUUAUUGCCUUACAGCACCAUGGUUGGAUCAAACAAGAGAAACUUUGACACCCCACAUCUAAAAACAGGUGACCCCCUACCUCCCUACACGGGAAAGCUCCGUCUGUACAACAUGCGCUACUGCCCCUUCGCCCAGCGCACCGUCCUAGCCCUGAACGCGAAGAACAUCGAUUAUGAAAUCGUCAACAUCGAUCUCAUGGACAAACCUGAAUGGUUGACCACCAAGAGUGCUUUUGGAAAAGUACCAGCCCUGGAAAUAGCAGAAAAUGUAUCAAUUUACGAGAGUUUGGUAACAGUGGAGUAUUUGGACGAUGUCUACCCACAGCGACCUCUUCUUCCUAAGGACCCAGUGAAGAAGGCCGUGGACAAGAUCCUUGUUGAAGCUUUAUCAGCGAUCCACGCCGUAUACUUCAAACUAGUGAGAGGACCGGACACAAUCACGGAGGACAACAUCACCGCUUACUACAAAAAUUUGACCUUCAUUCAGCAAGAGUUGCAGAACAGAGGCACCAAGUUCCUCGAUGGAGACCAGCCCGGUUACGCAGACUACAUGAUCUGGCCCUGGUUCGAAAGGCUCCACGUAAUUAACCAUGACCUGGCUAGACUGGACAAGCAGAAAUACAAGUUAUUGGUGGAAUAUAUUGACAAUAUGUUCCAAGACCCAGUUGUGGCGGAGUACAAACUGCCAAGAGAGGCUUUAGAACAUUUCCAGAACCAAUACAAAUUGGGCAAGAAACCAGUUUACGAUUAUCUGAUCCAGAAGUAAACAAUUCACAUCAUGUUCUUUUUAAGCAAAACUAGGUACUAAUACCAAUACCAUAAGGUUCACAAUAUUCGUACAAAUGAAUUAAGUACAAUUGUUUUGAGAUUGAUGACUUUAUUUUGAUAAUAAAUAUUUUUGUUGCAUAA